UAAGGACAAUGUGAGUAACGGAUGAUGCAAUGUGAGUUGGACCAGUCAGACGACCGCAGCAGCAGCAGCCGCUGCUCUUCACUCUCCCUGACUGACCGACCGAUCAGCAGCGUGCCCGGAUAACGUUUAAUUAACAGUUCGCUAUUUAUCUCACAAAAGCCACUAUUUCGUCUUGGUCAUCCAUUUUUGGAUCUCUAACCAACCCUCACAGAUCUUCUCACAUUCCCGGAAGCUUCUCUACCUGUUGGACUGAACCCUCAUCAUGUCUAAAGGCACAGUGGUUCUGGCCUACAGCGGUGGAUUGGACACAUCCUGUAUUCUGGUUUGGCUGAAGGAACAGGGUUACGAUGUGAUUACGUACUUGGCCAACAUUGGGCAAGAUGAAGAUUUUGAAGCAGCCCAGAAAAAGGCAGAAAGCCUCGGUGCAAAGAAGGUUUUCAUUGAAGACCUGCGUUCAGAGUUUGUGGAGGACUUCAUCUGGCCCACAGUUCAGGCCAAUGCCGUCUAUGAGGACCGAUACCUGCUGGGCACUGCGGUAGCCCGGCCCUGCAUCGGCCGCCGUCAGGUCGAGAUUGCACGCAGGGAGGGCGCCCAGUUUGUCUCCCAUGGUGCAACAGGAAAGGGCAAUGACCAGAUACGUUUUGAGCUCACAUGCUACGCCCUCUAUCCCGAAGUUGAGAUCAUUGCACCAUGGAGGAUCCCUGAGUUCUACAACCGCUUCCGGGGGAGAAAAGACCUGAUGGAAUAUGCACAGAAACAUGGCAUCCCUGUGCCUGUCACUCCUCGGGCACCAUGGAGCAUGGACGCCAACCUCAUGCAUAUAAGUUAUGAGUCUGGCAUCCUGGAGAAUCCUAAGAGCCAUGCGCCGGCUGACCUGUACCUUAUGACCAAGAACCCAGAAGAUUCUCCCAACAUCCCUGAUGUACUGGAGAUAGAGUUCAGAAACGGAGUGCCUGUUAAGGUGACCAAUGAGAAGGAAGGCAAAUCCAAAGAUUCACCCCUGGAAAUCUUCUCAUACCUCAAUGAGAUUGGUGGAAAGCAUGGCGUUGGCCGGAUUGACAUUGUAGAGAACCGUUUCAUCGGCAUGAAGUCUAGAGGGAUAUAUGAAACACCAGGAGGCACAAUUCUGUUGAAGGCCCAUUUAGACAUUGAGACCUUUACCAUGGACAAAGAAGUACGUCGGAUCAAACAGGGACUGGGCAUCAAGUUCUCUGAACUCGUCUACAACGGUUUCUGGUACAGUCCAGAAUGCGAUUUUGUGCGACAUUGCAUAGCAAAGUCACAGGAUAAUGUGGAGGGCAAAGUGCAGCUGUCUGUCUUCAAGGGACAAGUCUACAUCCUGGGACGAGAGUCACCCAAGUCCCUUUAUAAUGAAGAGUUGGUCAGCAUGGACGUGCAGGGAGACUACGACCCAUGUGAUGCCUCUGGAUUCAUCAGGAUUAAUGCUGUCAGAUUAAGGGAACACCAUCGUUUGCAGGGUUUCUCCGGCAGCAACUGUGCCAAGGAGUAACUAUUGCAGUCCUGUGAACCAUCUUUCUUUCUUCCCUCCAUCUCUUUUUGCCAUGUCUUAAGCAGUAGUAGGUUUAGACUUUCUCCAUUCACUACCUUUGGCCUUACUCUUUCCUUUUAAAUACAUUCAAGGUGUCUAGCACACUAGCAAGCAGACUCUUACCUGUAAAAUGAUGACAUUUCUUCAGUGGUGAAGAGUGGAGGAAGGAAAAAUCUACAAAGUAUGGUAUAAUGCCAGUAAAAUAGUUAGAAACAGGUGUAGAGAUGAUUUUUAGCUAUACUGUGAGUAAGGAUUAGUAUGCAUUUCUAAGUAUUGUAUUCACUGAGUUUGUCUUUGCAUCAGUAGGUCAGCCCUUGAACACAAAUAUUUAAACUAGGAUCUCUUUGUUUCAAAAAUAAAAUGAUUGAAAUAAAAGAGUGAAUUGUG